AUGCCGCUCUCGGUGCCGUCGACGCCGGCCGUGCUCAAGGCACUGCCGCGGGCGCUCUCCCUCGCGGCCGCGGCCGUCGCGGCGGCAACCGCGUCCCUGCUCCUCAUCUCCGCCGUCGUCUCCAACUCCCACCACGCGGCGUCCUCCUCGUCGCCGCAGCUUCCCCCUUCCGCCAGCGCCUCCACCACCGCGGCUCUGGCCCCGGCGCCCGCGCCCGAUCACCCCGGCCCCGACCACCACCCCCACCCCCCGCCGCCGCCCGUUCCCCCGUGCCCGCCCAACGCCACCCACGACGUCCCCUGCCACGAGCCUCCCUCGGGCGAGCGCCACUGCCCUCCACGCCCGCCGCCGCCUCCUCCUCCUCACCACCCGCCAAAGGACCCGCCGCCGCACCCGCCGCCGCCUCCGCCGCACUGCCGCGUCCCUCCGCCGCCCGGGUACCGCCCGCCCCCGCCCUGGCCCGCGCGCCGCGACCGCGCGAGGUACGCCAACGUGGACCUCCCGCUGGUGCCCCCUGUUAAGGUGGCGGGUGGACAGGAGCAGGACCCCGUUCGCCGUCGCGGGGAGUGGCUGGUGUUCACCGAGGGGGUGCGGGAUUAUGUCGAGCAGCUGGAGCGCGUCGUGCCGCUCCGUGGCGGCGUGGUGCGCACGGCGCUCGACUUCGGGUGUGGGGUUGCGAGCUUUGGUGACUAUCUGCUCAACUAUGGCAUACUCACCAUGUCCAUUGCUCCGAGGAAUAGACUUGGACCACAAGUGCAGCUCGCCUUGGAGCGUGGACUGCCUGCAAUGAUCGGAGCGCUUGUUGCUCACAGGCUACCAUAUCCAUCGAGGUCCUUCGACAUGGUGCACUGUGCGGACUGCCUUGUUCCAUGGACUGCUCAUGAUGGGCUCUAUAUGCUGGAAAUUGACCGUCUUCUCCAACCUGGUGGCUAUUGGGUUUUCUCUAGGCCACCUGUCAACUGGAAAUCGACAUACAACAUUUCGAAUGAAGCGACGAGAGACAUGCAGGACAAUCAGUUAGCUAUGGAUGAUAUGUUGAAUAAGCUUCAUUGGACCAAGGUGUCUGAAGAUGGCACAAUUUCUGUUUGGAGAAAACCUUCUUGUCAUCUCCACUGUGACCAAGAAGCAAAUGCAAAGCGAUUAGGAUUGCCACCACUCUGUACAGGAGAAGACCCAGAUAGUGCCUGGUAUGCAAAUAUUUCAAUGUGUAUGACAUGUAUUCCAAGAGCUGAACCUUUUAAUGGCUGUGCUGGUGGUGCCAUGGAAAAAUGGCCUAAAAGACUUGGUGCAGUGCCACCAAGGAUAGCGAGUGGGGAAAUGAAGUGGUUGUCCAUUCAGAGAUAUAAACAUGACACUUUGAUUUGGGAGAAAAGAGUAAACUUCUAUCUAACAUAUCUAAAAUAUUUGUCUAAUGGAACUUUCAGAAAUGUCAUGGACAUGAGUGCUGGUUUUGGUGGCUUUGCUGCUGCUAUGUCCAAGCAUCCUGUUUGGGUCAUGAAUGUGGUUCCUGCAAAUACAACAGAGAAUACUCUUGGUGUCAUCUAUGAGCGCGGUUUGAUUGGAACAUACACUGACUGGUGUGAAGCCUUCUCUACUUAUCCACGAACAUAUGAUCUGAUACAUGGUAAUGGAAUCUUCAGCUCCCAUAUUCACAAAUGUGGGAUUAUCGACAUCCUUGUUGAGAUGGAUCGCAUUCUCCGGCCAGGGGGUGCCGUUAUAGUUCGGGACAGAGCUGAUGUUGUUCUCAAAGUCAAGAAGGAUGCCGACCGUCUACAAUGGCAUAGCCGAGUUGUUGACACUGAAAAUGGACCUCUGGAUCCUGAGAAGCUUCUCAUUGUGGACAAUUCCCUCCCACUCCCAGGGAGCUAA